UCAAAUGGGGAAGAACAAGAAGCGGUUCGUGCUUAUCCAUGGGGCCUGCCAUGGCGCAUGGACUUGGUACAAGAUUAUACCGGAACUCGAAGGUGCCGGUCACAACGUGACCGCACUGGACCUGGCAGCAUCGGGUAUAAGCACGAGCAGGGUGGAAGAGAUACAGUCUUUAGAAGAUUACUCCAAACCGUUGCUUGAGUUUCUAAGCUCGCUUGGCUCAGAUGAUGAAGAAACUCAUAGCAUGGGAGGCAUACCGGCUGCUCUCGCCGCCGACAUCUUCCCGGAAAAGAUCUCUGCUAUUGUCUUCUUGACAACUACCAUGCCCGACACCACAAACCCGCCUGCUUACGUUUUCGAAAAGUUCGUCCCGAACAUGUCACAAGAAGAGUUGUUGGACACUCUGGUUUGCAGCUAUGGAACACCUGAGCGUCCUGCUCAUUCUGUUCUUUUCGGACCAGAGUUCAUGGCCAAGAAACUAUAUCAACUGUCUCCGAUCCAGGAUCUUGAAUUGGCGAAACUGUUGGUGAGGGCAAACCCGUUUUUAGGUAUGGACAAUCUUGCAGGGACAGAGAGCUUGAGUGAGGAAGGGUAUGGAUCUGUUAAACGUAUCGAUAUAGUUUGUGGAGAGGAUCAGUUAGUGCAUGAAGAAUAUCAGCAUUUGAUAAUCAGCAACUUUCCGCCAAAAGAAGUAACGGAGAUCAAAGAUGCAGAUCAUAUGGCAAUGUUCUCCAAGCCUCAAGAACUAUGUGCUCUUCUCUUGGAGAUUGCGGAUAAAUAUGCA